AAAUGGGAGCAAGCGCCUCAGUGUCGCUCUGUAGUGACGUUUCUUCAGUGAGAAUCCUGAGGCCCAGUGCUAAGGUUAGCCCAGAGCCCAUUGCGUCCACUCUGGUUUCAGAGACUGAACUGGCAACCAGGUGUGUGUUUGGUGUUGCCUUUGAAACACUGAGAGAGGCCGGGCAGAUGGUCUGUGGAGUACCUCUUGUGCUGAGAGACAUGGUGGAGUUCCUGGAUAAGAAUGGAAUGCACCACAGAGGUCUGUUCCGUCUGUGUGGGUCGGUGGUGCGGACCAGGCAGCUGAAGCAGCGGUGGGACUAUGGAGAGAGGGUGGAUCUGGAGCUGGAGGGGGAUGUCCCCACUGUGGCCUCGCUCCUCAAACUUUUCCUUCGGGAGCUGCCCACCCCCGUAGUUCCCGAACCCCAGCGCAAACAGCUGGUUCUGAGCCUCACAGAAAAUGCAGUUGAGGCAGAGAUGAACCGGUCUCUGAGAGAAGACCUUUGCCAUCUGUCGAGUGACAACCUCAUUAUUUUGUCUUACCUCAUCCGCUUCCUGUCCAGAGUGGCCACUCACAACCAAUCAAAUCAAAUGCCUGUGGAAAACCUGGCAACCAUCUUCGGGCCUUGUAUAUUUCACGUUCCUGCAGGACCCAGGAUGCUGGAGGAGCAGAGUGUGUGUAACACCCUGCUGCUUCAUCUUCUGAGGCAUCAGGACAUUCUCUUUCCAGUCCCAGCCGAGGACGCAGUGGCCUCCUCGAUCGCCUCCUCCUCACCUCCUCCUACUCUCUCUGCUCUUUCACACUUUGAGGUCCAAUCCAGCAGCAGUCACUCAGAGCAAAAUACUGUGGAGAGGUUGGAGGAAGACACCACUUCAGUCUCAGAGACCAGUGCUUUUAACCAAACAACAAGGAUGCAAUCUCAGCUCAACAGUCCUGACACACUGGUGCAGGGUUGUGAAACCAGCUCUGACGUCAGCACUGACAUUCAGAAGCUGAUUCCAGACCAGGAGGUUCUGGAGGAGAGCGGUACCAGUGCAGGGGCAGGCUGUGUGCUCUCCUGCCCCACUGACCCAGGGCCAGAGCUACAGCCACACCAGAGCAGACCAGCCCACAGCCUGCGGGGAGAGCUGCUGCAGUCGGAGUGUACCACACAAGGGACCUGUUCUCUGUACAAGAUGCCAUCAUUCACCUCCAUAUCAAAGCAAAAAGAGAAGGAAGGAGUAAAAGAGGAAGAGAGUAGGACACCAUCCUUACCCACCAAAGACGACUUCUCAGUGGCUUCCACAGAUGCGGGGCAGGAAUCAUCUAUUUCCGACUGCUGUGUAGUGAAUGAAUCACAGAGCAACACCCAAACACAGACUCUGCACACACAGAGGAUGCUGCACUUCAUUGAGUCUAAGACAGAAGAUAAAACCACAGAGUCUGAGAAGGGGAGAGGAGGAGGAGGAUGUAGUGGUUCUCCUGACAGACACAAUGAUUGCAGAGGCAGGGCCAACAGCUAUGACAGCCCCUCCCUCAAGCUACAAGCCCUCGAGGCUGACUUGGGACCCUCGCCGACAGACCCCCAAGUUCAGGAUAACCUCCCUGCCCAGCAACAGCCUCUUUGUGCUGAAGAGCACAGCCUGUGUGUGACCCACAAGCUGCUUCUCCACCCUCCGUCGCCUCCACCAGCUCAUCAGGAUCAGGUCGACUCGUCACAGUGCGUAAACAUUCCUUCCCAUCAAUCAUCCGACUCCAGUCCUGUCUUCUCCAUUGCCACUCUUUCUGAGGGGAUUUCAUCAAAUGACACCCUGCCGAGCCCACCUGGCCUUAACACCAGCCCACUGCUCUCCCGUUUUACGACGAGCGACUGCCCCGUUCCCUCGCCACGCUGUCCCAGCCUCAGUCACAGCCUGCGCUACAACCUGGACCCUGAUACAGCCCCUUCUCCACCGUGCUCACAGCCCAUACGCAUGGCUCGCAGCAGUGUCCAUGCAGACCCAGAUGAGGGCUCCGUAUCCAUCUCUGUGCUCAACAGACACAUUCACACCCUGAGGAAAAGGAUCAGGCGUUUUGAGGAGCGUUUUGAACAGGAAAAGCACUACAAGCCAGCUCAUAAUGACAAGACGGCUCAUCCAGAGGUGGCCAGACUGAUGAAGGAGCUCAUCAGAAGUCGCAAGCAGCUUAAAGAGCUAAAGAUGAGACAAUCAGAAGAAGGCGGUCUGAGAGGGCAGGGAGACUUCAGCCCAUCAGCUGAAACCUGCAGGACCAACACAGAUCUCAGGGAGGCAGCAACAACAGGAACCGAGCUGCAGCAACUCAACAACAACAGCAACGCCAAGCCACAUGUGGAAGAGACGGUCAACAUUAUAACCAACAGGCUGAAGGAGAGACGACGAGAGCUGGGCCUUCCCGACAGUGUUAAGGAGAUGUCCCAUUUCCAGAUGACUAUGGAGAAGACCAGCUUGCAGAAGUGUUUACUCUACUUUGAGAGUCUGCACGGACGACCAAGUACCAGGCAGGAGCGGACUCUGAUGAAACCUUUCUAUGAUCGGUACCGUCUUCUCAAGCAGCUGCUGAUUUCUUCUGCCACAACAGUCAUCACAACCAUUGAGGAAGAGGAGGGCUCUGACGAAGAGCAUCCCAAACAGCGAAGCCCCAGGCUGCAGCGACUCCGGCUGAAAUCUCCCAGGUGUGUGUCCUCAGAUGAGUCGCCGCAUCCGCCCUUAGAAAUGUCUGAAACACCGCUGGUGUCCCCGCUGGAGGAGGUGAAGUGUUUUCAGCCACAGAUCAUCACCAUGGCAACACUACAUGAAGCUUCCAGACCAGAAUUACUGGAUCACCUUAGGACAGCACGAUCAGAGAAGCGGAGGCUUCACCAAGCGCUCCGAGAGUUUGAGGAUCAUUUCUACACACAAACCGGCAGGGCUUGUCAGAAGGAGGACCGUGGACCGAUGGCGGAGGAGUACUGCCAGUAUAAGAACCUCAAAGCAAAGCUCCGUCUACUGGAGGCCCUGCUCAGUAAACAGGACUCAACCAAGAGCAGUUGAGUUAACUCACAGUGGGACUUUUCUCUAACUUAACAGGACUCGAUCAUUUCUGGAAAAUCAGGUUGUGAAGCCGAUGGGUCUGAUCUUGUUUCAUGCCAUGCUCAUUAUGUUGAUGCAUUUUACAUGAGAAAAACGGAUGGAAAUCGUGACAAUCGUAAAAAGCAGUUAUGCAGAAUUCCCUCAAGUCCCAAAAACACAUCCUUUGUCAUUAUGACGCAUCUACAAACCUGAUGUAGCAAGUGUAUUCUAUGUAGCACUAAUUUAUGUCGAGGAUGACGAGCUGUAACAACUUGAUGUUAGUUACAUAUUAGUGAAUUUAAGAUUAUUCUAUGUAUAUUAUGGCACU